CGAUACCAUACCUGGAUCACCGGAUGAAUCAGCAGGUCUUCCCGACACAUGCCCUACGUCGAUCAGUAUCUUGGUUGUUGUCUUUCGCGAUCGUAUCGAUGAAGAAGAAUCUGGAGUUCUUGGUGCGGGUCCUGUGGUUUUGGAGAUGCUUCGCGUCCAGACUGGUGAAGGGUGAUCUGAACAUGCAUCUGAAGGCCGAGCUGCAGAACCUGAGGAGAAAAGGCGCCCUUCGUCCCUCGACGGAUCUGGAUAGGACAGGUCCGGACCCCGACCGUUGUUGCGGAAGGUGCAGGGUCGAACUAGGAAGGGUGAUAAACAGGGGCGCUUAUUGCAGGGCGUGCAGAUUGAAGGUGUGCAAAGGAUGUAGGGAGUACUCGUACAGGACGACCGAUUGGGUUUGCACGGUGUGCCACAAGAGAAUGGAGAUCCAGGCAGCAAGCGGGGAAUGGAUGAACGAGUUUGUACGACGCCCUAGCCGUCGGCGUGACAAUAGGGUGUAUGUGCCGGCGGCUGACAUCAUCAAAAGGACGAUUCGCAGAUCCUGGACCAUCUCCAAUCCGUCGACGCGAUGGAACGCUCCCCGAACCACGCCCGAGAUGCGCCUCUACAACAGCCUCCCCAGGGGCCAGGACAUCAACAGCUACCCCUCCCUGCAGCAGCACCAACGCCAGGAGUCCGACACGCAUCAGAAGACGACGCCGACGACCGUCGAGUGUCCGUCGUCGCCGCCCAGGAAACACUCGCCGGCCCGCAGGACGCACUCCGAAGACGUCUACCCCGAGAGAUCGGACGAGGCCGAUUCCGCGUCGGCCAAGUCGCCGACCCCCAGGUCCCCCAGGAUAAACCCGCUGAUCCUGUACGCGCAGAAGGACCGGACGGCCAGGGCGGCAAGGAAGAAACGCGGGGAGGCCGCGAAGGGUGACGGUGGUGAAGCUAAGGGUGAAGGUGUUGGGAAGGUGGAGAAGAGGGUGAGCUUCGAGAGCUGCGCCAGGGACCUGGAGGAGACGCCGACUAGGUCGCCGAAAAAUAUCAACCCUCACCUGAGCAAGGCCGUCUCGUUGACCGAUACUCCGAGUCGCAUACCUCGUCCCCAGCAUCAUCUCCAAGCCGCCAGGUCCCUCCAAGAACGCUCUGAGACGAUGGUGGAGGAGAAUCUCGCCAACCAAUCCGGAACUUCUGCUUCUUCCCUGGAGACCUCAAGCUCUGGCGGUACCGGUGCGGAGAGGGAGUUUUUGCCGGUGGAACUGUGCGACAUAGAGCCCUUGAGCGGUACGGUAUUUCGGAAGGUGACGGUCAGACGCAGGAGGCAGGACAUGAGGAAGAUGGCGGCGGUGGACAGCGGUCGACGUCGAUGCGAGUCCGAGCCCAACGACGUCCUGAUACCCGACCACGACGAGUACCGUCUCGUCUUCAUCAGCAGCGACAGUUCCUCCAAGGAGGAGGACCUGGACGACAACGACAGCUCGUCCACCGCGUCCAGUUUCCCGAUAGAGGAGUGCGACUGGGAUUAUUUCGAGCCGGGAGCGGCCAGGCCCUCGCCGAGGGUGUACCGCAGGGGUCCGUUCGAGUCCCCGUCCGGUUCCCCGUUGGUCUACCGGAAGGGAGUCAGGGAGUCGGAUGACGACGACUACGCCAGGAUGGAAACGGAGUCUCCAGCUUCCUCGGAUAGCAUUUACGAGAAGGGGAUGGAAGAAGGGGCGUUGAGGUGCAAGCAUAAGGUGGAGAAGGAGGUGCAGCCUUGUCGGAGUUGCGGCGCGCCGACGCAGUACAUCCCGAUACCGGUACCGGUGCCGAUACCCGUUCCCGUACCGACCAUGUGGACCGCGCAGGAGGCCAGCAGGUUCUUCGCCAACCAGCCGGGUUGCGAACAGGCCCUGGCCAGACUGAGGGUGUUUCCGCGUAACUUAUGGCCGUUCUUGAACACGGCCGCCCUGAUGUGGCCGCUUCUGGUCGGCGAACAGUUAACGACGCCGACACAAUUCAGCGAUUCCGAGUCACAGAGCGUGGUAACAUCGCAGCAGUCAGUCGUGGCAAACGUCGAGGAUGAGACGGUGGUGCGUUCGCGUAGCGAUAUGGAAGAUCGAGCCAAAACGCCACCGGAGGUGCCUCUAGUCGACGAGGACGUUACGGGGUACCUGGACUCCGAGAAUCUAAACCAGGAUUCGUCGUCCACCUCUUCGACCGAGACGGACGACUCGGAAUACAACGAGAGGAGAAAGAGCCGCGUCACCAGAGUGUACAACGUGAACGGUGAAAGCGACGGGGACGACGCCCUCCCCAGCAGCAACCUCAGCAGUUGCGACGAAGACGAAGAUGAAGGCGGAGCGUCUACCACAUCGGACAGCGACGACACCGGCACCGACCAGAAAUCCAAGAGGUUCUCCAAGGUUUUCGUCGUGAACAUGGACGACUCCGCGUCGCGACGCUCCACGUCUUCCUCGAGCGACACGGACUCAUCGGACAACGACACCGACACCGAGCUGGACUGCACGGUGGUCCUGCAGAACGUGAGGGCGAUCCCGGAGGAAGACCGGUCCGCGGAGGUGGUGGGGGACGGGAGAUCGUCGCCGUCCUCGUCGUCGCGUAGUGCCGGAGCGGUGCGGUCGCCACCAGGUGUCUCAGUCACGGCGGAAGGUGGCGGCGGUCGGAAUGCCGCGAGGUACACGAGUCUCGUGAUGAUUACGCAGGAACCGUCGUCGUAUCAACAACAGGUGAGCGUCGUGACGUCGAACGCGACGCGGUACGCCGCGACGCCCGACGUGGUGGUGCAGCACACGAAUUGGCAGGAGGAGGAUAGGCGAGAGAUAGACGGACGGACAGAUCACUCUCAACAUUCGGAAGAUGUGACAGUUAUAACCGGAGCAGAAACGCUUUCCGCCUUCGAGGAAGGUCUAGCCGACGAUGACUCUUGGGUGGAGAACAUCAGUCAUGACGAGGACGACUUUGGACCGUCUUCGAUCACCGAAGAUUCGUCUUCCGGCGAAGAGGUGACCCUAACAUGCUCUGUGGCAGUCGACAACGAGGACGAACUACGUGGCUACCACAGAGCCGCCAUCGAUUUCACCCUACACACCAUCGUCGAAGAGAGCUGCGAGGAGAGCGAAGUAGAACAGUCGUGCACGACGAAGAAGCAACGACCUACCUCUGCCACGGACCUGGAGAAGUAUUUCUUCUUCGGUUUGGGAGACGGUAACGUCCCCUCCCUCAACAUGAACAGAGAAGACGCCUUCUCGGAGACCAGCAGCGUGUACAGCGAGGGCUUGGACUCCCUCGGAGGUCAGGAGGAGCAACAGCAGAACGACCACAGCGACCCCGCGGAACUGGCGUCUUCCAGACUGGAGAAAUACUUCUUGAGCGGCUUCAUGGGCUUCAACUCCGAACGGAGAGACUCGGACGGUAGCGUCGGUAGCGACAGCGAAGGCAGACCGAGUCCGGAACAGAGGAGGAAACGUCUGGUGCGAGCCAGAGGAACCGGAAGAUCUCAUUCCUCAUCCCUGGACAACCUCCUAUCGAACCCCGAGCUCUCGGGGAACGACCAACCGAACGAGGCGUCCAACGACUCGGAAAACUCGUCGAGCUCCGAUUCAGACACGUACGACGAAACGACCACGUUCGAGAAGAGCGACGGUCAGUUCGACACUGUUAAACGGAAGAAGGGCAAGAAGCAGAAGGGUGCUGACGAAUCGAAAAGCCUGGAAACGACGCAGGAGGUGAACGAGUUCAACAAUUCCUGCGACGAGGAGGAGGACGGACACAAGACGCCUCAACCGGAGAACGCGACGACGAACCUGGUGAACAACAAGAACCAACAGAGUAGGGACAGCGGCUUCAUCGGUAGCUGCGAUGAUCUUCUCAAGGAACAACGCGAUCCCGGCAACAACGAAGGUAUAAACAAGAACGAACUGAGGAAGGAACUGGAGAAUAUAAUGGAGGAGAAGAAGGACGACAGAGUUUUACAACAGUCGGUACCUCCAGCCACGGCUCUAACCAGGAAGGACAGCUUUAACAACUGGAGCUCGGACGAGGAGACUAACCUGAUGAUGUGCAAGAUGCGUCAGUUCUUCAAAACGAUGAUAGCCAACUCCCAGUGUCCAACAUCCAAACCGACGACGCCUAACAUGAGCAACAGGACCUCGCCCAUCUUCCCCAGUCCCAGGUUGAGGAACAGGUGCAAGCCGCCGCAACUCGUUUACUUCGAGAACGAACUGACGAGGCUGAUGAAGACCGUGCCGGGCAUCAGGGACGAUCAAGUUAGGGAGAUCGUGGAGUACCUGAGCAGCGAGGAUACCUGGAGCGAUUCUUACGAUUCCUCCGACUACACCAGCUCUGAUUUGGAAGGAACGACCAACAAAACCGCCUUGCAACAGCAGAUUUCCGAUAGUUGUAAACAGAUCAUCAACAAGUUCGAUAACUUGGAGGACGAGGAAGGCGACGAAGGGGAUGGCGGUAUAGUUGGGGAAAACUUAGGCGUCAACAAAGAAACCUCCUUCGUUUACCAGAAACUAGUGGCUUCCUUUGAGAAAAUGGCUUCCGGGGACAACGAUCAAAACAAGUCGAAAUCGCCAAACAGUUCUCCAACUUUAAUAGCCAGAGUGAUGCAUCACAUAGGUAGUAGAUUGGUGGCUUUGAUGCACGAGGUGUCCAGCGGUGAAAGCCACGCCAGUAACAGUCCCAAAGCCAGGCAUUACCACAGGAGGCUGCAACAGAAGCUCUCCAACGCUUCCUCUACCACAACAGACGACGACAGCACCUCCGAUACGAACUUAAAAGAUACCCUCAGUGCCUUAGAAGACAACUUCUCGUACAGUGUUUUAUCGCGUAGCAAAUCUCACGAUUUGCUGAUGGGCGAGACCAAGACUUCAAACCAAACCGGUAGUGGUGAUAUAAUAGUGGAAGAACGCGAAGCUAGUGAUUGUGAAAGGUUCAGUUGGAGGGGAAGUUUUGAAUCGGCCCUUCUGGCCACCGACUCGAGGAACAGACUGUCGAUUAUAGGUUCCGAAGGUUCGGCGUCCGCGUCAGCGUUGGCCAUCGCUGCCAAACGGAGAUCAGCCGGCGAUCUCAUAUUCAGCCACAAGAGUCUCAGCCGCGAGCAACUGGACAGGGUCAGGAGUUGCGGGAGCAUAGGAGGAGCGAGCAGCGAGGAUAAACUGUGGGUCUCGACGGCCACCAAGCCAAACAGGAGGAGAUCGAGCGUCCCUGACGCCUCCUGCGGUUCAGGAGGUUCGGCGGAUGGAGAAGACGACGACGAGGAGGAUAUCGGUAGCAGUUUACCGAGGAACUUGCAGACCGGGGCCGGUACCACGAAUUCCCUGCCUCGUCUACCGACCAACACGCCUCCGAGCGGGAUGCACAAGGCUCAGAGUCAUCAUUUCUUGCCGCAGAACGCGAAGAGCGCCAGGUACAGACCGCCGGGUUUCAACAGGCCGAACACUACAGUUCCUAAACGAGCGGUGUCUGCGCCGGGCUUGCAGCCCUCGCACCAGAGACGCGGGAGGAGAUCUCAGCAGAAUGUUCCUAGUGACGAUGUAACGAUAUCGGAAGCCCAUUCUUCCCCAACAUUAGGCUCGAAGAGCAAAAGUGCAACACCAAGCCCAAUCGCUGCCAAAUCUAGAAGCGGAACGCUUUCCAGCACAAAUUCCGAAUGGCAGAACCCGGAGGAAGACAUAGAUCGCAUGAUACACAGCAGAGGAAGCCUCUCGGGCCUCGGAUUAAGGUCAGAUUCCAUGGCCAGCGUGUAUUCCGGCGCCGGAGAAGGUAGAUACGGUACGGUGGCCGUCAGAGGUCAGGUGGAGUUUGGUCUGCAGUACAACUACAAGGCAGGAGCCCUGGAGAUUCACGUGAAGCAGUGCAAAGACUUGGCCCCGGUCGAUACCAAGAGGAACAGAUCGGAUCCUUACGUUAAGGUGUACCUGCUUCCGGACAAGUCGAAGGGCGGUAAGAGGAAGACGAAGGUGAAGAAGCACACGCUCAAUCCGGUGUUCGACGAAACCCUCAAGUUCCACAUAUCCCUCAACGGUCUGGAGACGAGGACUCUCUGGCUGACCGUCUGGCACUCGGACAUGUUCGGCAGGAAUGAUUUCCUGGGGGAGGUCAUGAUGGCUUUAGAGAAUAAAGUGUUCGAUGACCCGGCCCCGGUGUGGUACAAUCUGCAGGAGAGGACUGAGCCGUUCGAUGACACGAUAUCUUUCAAAGGAGAUAUAAUCGUAUGUCUGAAGUUUGUGCCACCAGAUAUGACUGUUCAGAAGAAGGGAAAGAGAUCCAGAGGAACGCUUCACGUCUUGGUCAAGGAGGCCAAGUAUCUGACUGCCUACAAAGCCAACGGUACAUCUGAUCCAUUCUGUAAAAGCUAUCUCUUGCCGGACAAAGGAAGGAACUCGAAACAGAAGACUCCUGUGGUGAAGAAGACCGUGAAUCCGGUGUGGAAUCACACUUUUAUCUACGAGGACGUCACGUUGCAAGAAUUGGCCGAGAGGUGUCUUGAACUGACGGUCUGGGACCACGACAGGCUCGCUAGUAACGAGUUCCUUGGAGGGGUCAGGUUUUCCCUUGGUACGGGCAAGCAUUACGGUAAACCUGUGGAAUGGAUGGACGCCACUGGCAAAGAGUUGACCCUCUGGAAGAGCAUGUUGGAAAGACCAAACUUCUGGGUGGAGGGUUGUUUGUCCCUUCGUCCCUCCCUGGAUGCCCGAACAUCGUAAAAAAAAAACGUCAUGACAAAUAUUCCUAUUUUCUUCUUUUCCAUGUAAUUAUUCUUCUAUUAUCUUACGUAAUAUACGGGAGGUGCCGAAGAAUGGUCUGUUCAAGCAGGGAGCCUUUAAAAAUUGUAUUUAUAAUCUUCCCCCUGUUUUUAUUUAUUCGCGUUCCCAAGUCGAAAGUUACUAUAUUAUUACUACCUUUUCUUGUACAUGUUUUUGUUAUACAUAGUUUCUUCAUGGUAGUUUAGGAAAAUUCACAUUUAUCUUUGUUAUUUCUUUCGUGGAAUUUUUUAGCGCCAUGCUUGAUCAUGCUGUGAUAUAGUGGCACCCUGUAUUAAAUGUAAUACAAUGUGUACAUGGGUUAUCGAGAACCGCAAUAUUUUAAAUUGUAAUUUUUUACUAGUAAUUGUAUGUAUGCCAGAAUUGGCGGAUGUUUUUCUUAUGAACCAAGAAUAUUUUCAUAUAUAAAGAAUGUUGAGUGUUUUUAACAAAUAAAUGAUUUCUAUCCAUUUAGAUUUAAGUGUUCAAAUGAAGCUUCCUUUCCAACUAAUGAAUAUUAUAUAUGAUUAAUGUUUUGUGGAUUUCAAUUUUUUUUUCUUUUGAAUGAAUAUAUUGUCGCAAUAAAGACUUGAGAUCCUA